GCCUAGUGAUUGGUUGGCUGUGUUGCAACGAAUGCGAUCUGCACCGGUUUUCAUCGAUAAUUGAAGUAACGAAUGAAGACGAUGUUCAAGGUCCACGCAUAUUCACAAUUUCCAAAGCCAAUCGCAUAAACCACUUGGUUACAUGCUAUUACUGGACGUCAUUCAUCAACAAGCCCCGAAUUUUCUUUCGACGGAUCAGAAACAGAAAGACGAAAAAACACGUUGGCGAUGGCAAUGGAUGAUGUGUGAAUUUAAAAAUAACUAUUUUCUCUCGGUUCGGCAAAUCUUGGAUAUGCGAAGCUAAUAUUCAGAUUUUCCUGGGAAAAUCGGCAACCAUACGUGUCACCGUAGCUCUCCGAGAGAAACUUCGGUUAAGCUCAAAGUCGGGUACUAGGACUAGGACAUCAAGUCGCAUCCGCGCAAAAAAAAAAUCUGUCGAAUUUGCUUACCAGGUGGAGGUCGUCGUGCGGAGUUUUCAGUUUCAUCGUUCAGUGUAGUGAAUAUUUUCCACUGAAGAGAGAAAUUCGAUUCUGUCUUUUUCAAUUUUUUGCGGCAGAAUCGUUCAAUCUGAUACGAAAUCUACUGACAGACUGAGUAAUGUUAAUACGACACUAAAACCCUAUUGUGAUAGUCCGUGAAAAGAGUAUUUUUCAGUUGCAAAGAAGCUAUUAAACGAAAUUAAUAAAGUAGAAAACGAUAAAUUUUGCUGCUCCGCCUUAUUUUUGCUUUCGAGAGUGUUACGAAGAGUGUGAUUUUUGUCGAGAAAUAUUCAGUGUUCCCCGGGUCCUCAAUGAAAAUACAUAUUAUCGUUAAUUUUUCGUUACGUUAAUUUGGACACAGGAAUUCUCCGGUCUGGCGUCUGAAGGAACCCAAAAUUCAGCAGCAUGGCACGAUUAUCAGUGUGGGUCCUACUUGGACUCGCCGUGUUCACUUUAUCAGUGAAUGAUUUUCGAGUCAACGCAGAAAUACCCACUGAAUACGAGUGCCGCCCAUACAUAGAAAAAGCACUGCAAGAUUUAAAAACAGAAAGCGUGGAAAUACCAAGUAGUAAAGAAGAGGAAGUAACGAUAGACGAGCCAAGUAGUACAGAAUCCCCCAUAGAUGUUACUAGUCAAGAAGAAGAAGAUAACACUGCCGCUGAGGAGACUAGCAUUGAGGAAGACAUCCCAGCAUCACCCGAGGAGCUGACACCAUCGGAGGAGGUGCAAGAGGCACUAUUUGACAACGAACAGCCUGAAGAGAUUAGUCAGGAAAUUGAACAGGAUAUUGAAGAUGAAACGGACAAUGGAGAAGAGCCAGAAGAAGAGAAAGGUUAUGAGGAAAAUGGUUCUGAAGAAAACAUCGAAGAAGAUGCAGAACAAACCGAGGCAUUAACUGAUAGUAACGAAGAAGAAGCUAACGCAGAAGCUGAGGAUGAGGAUGACGAUACUGUGAGUGCAGAGGAUAACAACGAAGAAGUAAUAACAGACAGUCAAGAAACUAAUGGUGACGAGGAAGACACUGAAGAUGAAAAUGAUGAGGAAACUACAGACAGUCAGGAAGCUUAUGCUGAUGAAGACGAAGAAUUUGAAACAGACAGCCAAGAAGUUGAAGAUGGGGCUAAUGGUAACGAGAAUGAUCAAACAUAUGAUGGAACAGCUGAAAGCCAAGAGAACAUGUUCGAUAACGACGAGGAAAUAAAUGACGACGAUAAACAAGAAAAUCUGGAAAAACCAACAGCCAGCGAAGAAAUUACUGAUGAAAUUGAGAAUAAUGAUGACGAGGAAGCUUAUUCUGUAGAACACCCAGAUGAUGAAAAGCCUUCAGAUAGCCAAGAGACACCAAAUGCUAGCGAGGAAGCUGACGACGCAGAACAGGAGAACGAAAAUGAAGAUCUGAGCAUCGAAGACACUGACAAUAACGAAGAAGCUGAUAACGGAGAAGAUGAGGAAUAUGACAACGAUAUAGAACACGAUCAAGAUGACGUGACAGAAAGGGAGCUGGACAGAGAUCUUUAUGACAAUAUAGAAAUAAAUAGUGAAGAAGAGGAAGUCGAUGACGAUGACGAAAAAGGUGCUGGUCAAGAAGCUGAGAAAAGUGAGGAUAUCGAAAACGACGAUGCUGCAGAUGACGAUUUGGAGGAAGAGGAAAGCGAUCAAGCAGAAGCUAGUGAAGAUGUACAAGAAUCGGCCGAGGUAGUAUCUGAAGGCGAAUUAGGUAAUGAGAACGUCGAAACCGUUGAAGCUGUAGCAAGCCAAGAAGAAGAGAACGAAAAGCAGGCUAGCGAAGAGUUAAGUGAAGACACAAGCAUUGAAACUGCAGACGAAUUAGAAAGCGCACCUUUAGGUGAAGUUGCAAACGCACUCGAUGAGGAUGUUAGCACAAUAAUGUCAGAAGAAGAAACAGAAUCAGUCGAUGGAACCAUAACUACCGAGAGCGAGGAAGUUGAAGUAACACCCGAAAUUAAAACCACAGCCGAGGAAGUCGUUGAAGAAGUUGUAGAAAAAGUAGAAGAUCAAGUAGAGGAAACCGCACCUGUACCAGCGGAGGAGCAAAAGGAACAACAGGAGAGUGUUGAAGAAUCUGAACCACUUCCGGAGGAAGAUUUGCUACUGGAGUACGAAAUCCCAACGAACCUAAGAGAUACUUCGCACAUUUACGAGCUGCUAAACAUCAACGAGAAAGCAGCAGAUAAAGAAAAAGCACUAAACAGGGUCGCUGAUGUGAUUCUGCGUGAUCUGAAGAAAAUCUAUGACACCGCAAUUAAACCGCUGGAAACUUUGUAUAAGUAUCGUGAUCUCAGCAACCGACAUUUUGGUGAUCCGGAAAUUUUCUCCAAGCCGCUAAUUUUAUUCAUGGGCCCAUGGAGUGGUGGCAAAUCUACGAUACUCAACUACCUUACACAAAAUGAAUACACUCUCAAUUCAGUGCGAACUGGUGCUGAGCCAUCCCCGGCUUACUUCAAUAUUCUGAUGCAUGGUGAUGAGCCGGAAGUUCUAGACGGUACUCAACUUGCAGCGGAUUGGACUUUCUCCGGGCUACAAAAGUUUGGUCAAGGUCUUCUUGAUCGACUUCGGGGACAAAAACUGCCAAAUAAACUACUCGAGCGGGUCAAUAUUGUUGAGAUUCCUGGCAUUUUAGAGGUGCGAAAACAAGUUUCUCAAUAUUUUCCGUUCAACGAUGCGUGUCAGUGGUUUAUCGAUAGAGCCGACAUUAUAUUCCUCGUCUACGAUCCCUCCAAACUAGAUGUAGGCCCAGAAACCGAAGCCAUUCUAGAUCAAUUGAAAGGAAGAGAAUGUCAAACUCGUAUUCUCCUCAAUAAGGCAGAUCAAGUUAAGCCGGAAGAACUGCUCCGCGUCCAGGGAGCCCUUAUUUGGAACAUUUCGCCGCUAAUGUCUUCGGCACAGCCUCCAGUUAUGUAUACUGUGUCGCUCUGGUCCAAUCCCUUUGAAACAGGAGCUCCUAUUCGAUUGCUACAAGCCCAAGAACGUUUCAUGUUACUUGAUUUAAGUCAAGCCAUCGAAAAGAGAAUUGAAAAUAAAAUUGCCAGUGCACGUCGUUUUGCUGUACGUGUUCGCAAUCAUGCCAAAAUGGUAGAUUGUUAUUUAACAACCUACUACAAUCAUAAAACUCUGUUCGCAAAUAAAAAAUAUAUUUCGGAUCAGAUAAUAGGAAAUCCUCAGCAAUACCAUAUUUAUGAAGGUUUAUCAACGUUAACUAAUAUUUCUCGAUACGAUUUGCCAGAUCCGGAGGUGUAUCGUGAUUUCUUCCACUUGAAUCCUCUAUAUGAGUUCAAGAAACUCUCGGAAACGUGCACUUACUUCCGGGGAUGUCCUAUCAACAAGUUAGAUAUAGCAAUUGCGUACGAUCUACCUGAGCUAGUUGGUAAAUAUAAGAAGAUGUCCGAAGCAGCUUUAGAUAAACUGGAUGUGCCUUCGCCAACUACUGGUUUCGUUCGAAGCAAAACUCGUAGUUGAGUGACCAAUGCAGUGACCAAUCGCGGGUGAUCAGGGCUCCCUACCCAAUUUUUUCUGUUAAUAUUUUGUUUUGUUUGUCUUUCAUGUACAAGUUGAUUUUUGUUUUCCGCUAUUUAUUCUGUUAUAUUACGAUUAGAGUCCCAUAGAUAUCGAUUUGCCAGAUAUAUUUCGGAUCGGUUCGUUGUCUAUUAGGAAUGUCGGUUGAUCCGAAAACAGUUUCGCAGUUUUUACUGUUCUAGAGGGCUCUAAUUGCAGCAAUAGUGUAGAAGUGGUUCGCAGUGAACGUUAUAUGAACACCCAAUUUUACAAAUUAUUUUAUACUAUUCAUGGUACGGUGGAUUUAUUUCCUGAAUUGUACUGAAGCUCAAUGCUUGAAUAAAAAAUGUUUAUUUUAUCCGGGCAGGUUUUGUUUAUCAAUAGUUGCUCAUUUUACACGAAUCUAACUGAACGAUGAAAAACUUUAAAAAAACGAGCGAAAACUCUUACUGAGCUGUGGUUCAACUCAAAUCGAUUGUUUUUGUGAAACGAUGAGCAACCUGCAGAUUCGUACAUAUGUAAUGUUGACAAAUUCAAAUAUCAGUAGAUGGGAAACGUUAGCAUUUAAAUGCAGUUUCAGACUUGAAAAGAGAAAAAUAAUUACUGAAAUAUUUGAUAAGAAUUUUGAAAUGUGUUUCUCGAAUUCAACUUUUUUUGUUUUCACAAGCGAACAUAGAUAAAGAAAUAAACAGUAAACAAAACUUUAUAAA